CCCGCCGCCGCCGCCGCCGCCGCCGUAGCCAGCCGCUCUCCGCCGGCCGGCCGGCCCGCCCCUCCUCUGCCGAGUGUUCUCACCCUCCUUUCAGCCGCUGGUCUGUCCCUCAGUAGCCAGUCCCGUCUCCGGCAGCAUGUUCAGCUGGGUCAGCAAGGAUGCCCGCCGCAAGAAGGAGCCGGAGCUCUUCCAGACUGUGGCCGAGGGGCUGCGGCAGCUGUACGCGCAGAAGCUGCUGCCCCUGGAGGAGCACUACCGCUUCCACGAGUUCCACUCGCCCGCGCUGGAGGACGCUGACUUCGACAACAAGCCUAUGGUGCUCCUAGUGGGUCAGUACAGCACGGGUAAGACCACCUUUAUCCGGCACCUGAUCGAGCAGGACUUCCCGGGGAUGCGCAUCGGGCCCGAGCCCACCACCGAUUCCUUCAUCGCGGUCAUGCACGGCCCCACCGAGGGCGUGGUGCCGGGCAACGCGCUCGUCGUGGAUCCGCGGCGCCCCUUCCGCAAGCUCAACGCCUUCGGCAACGCCUUCCUCAACAGGUUCAUGUGCGCCCAGCUGCCCAACCCGGUCCUGGACAGCAUCAGCAUCAUUGACACUCCCGGGAUCCUGUCCGGAGAGAAGCAGCGCAUCAGCCGAGGUUACGACUUUGCAGCUGUCCUCGAGUGGUUCGCCGAGCGGGUGGACCGCAUCAUCCUGCUCUUCGAUGCCCACAAGCUGGACAUCUCCGAUGAGUUCUCAGAAGUCAUCAAAGCCCUGAAGAACCACGAGGACAAGAUCCGCGUGGUGCUGAACAAGGCUGACCAGAUUGAGACGCAGCAGCUGAUGCGGGUGUAUGGGGCGCUCAUGUGGUCUCUGGGGAAGAUCAUCAACACCCCAGAGGUGGUCCGCGUCUACAUUGGCUCCUUCUGGUCCCACCCACUGCUCAUCCCCGACAACCGGAAGCUCUUUGAGGCCGAGGAGCAGGACCUCUUCAAAGACAUCCAGUCUCUCCCCCGAAAUGCCGCCCUUAGGAAGCUAAACGACCUUAUCAAGCGGGCCAGGCUGGCCAAGGUCCAUGCCUACAUCAUCAGCUCCCUCAAGAAGGAGAUGCCCAAUGUGUUUGGUAAAGAGAGCAAAAAGAAAGAGCUGGUGAACAACCUGGGCGAGAUCUACCAGAAGAUCGAGCGGGAGCAUCAGAUCUCCCCAGGUGACUUCCCAAGCCUCCGCAAGAUGCAGGAACUCCUGCAGACCCAAGAUUUCAGCAAGUUCCAGGCCUUGAAGCCCAAGCUGCUGGACACAGUGGAUGACAUGCUGGCCAACGACAUUGCCCGCCUGAUGGUGAUGGUGCGCCAGGAGGAGUCCCUGAUGCCCUCACAGGCCGUGAAGGGCGGUGCCUUCGAUGGCACCAUGAAUGGGCCCUUCGGGCAUGGCUACGGUGAGGGGGCUGGCGAGGGCAUCGAUGAUGUCGAGUGGGUAGUAGGCAAGGACAAGCCCACCUACGAUGAGAUCUUCUACACACUGUCACCUGUCAAUGGCAAGAUCACAGGCGCCAAUGCCAAAAAAGAGAUGGUGAAGUCCAAACUGCCCAACACAGUGCUGGGGAAGAUCUGGAAGCUAGCCGAUGUGGACAAGGAUGGGCUGCUGGAUGAUGAGGAGUUCGCCUUGGCCAAUCACCUCAUCAAGGUCAAACUGGAGGGCCAUGAGCUUCCUGCCGACCUGCCCCCACACCUCAUCCCGCCCUCCAAGCGGAGGCAUGAGUGACAGCCAUGUCCCAACCACCCAGGGCCACCCAUACUUCCCACCUGCCAUUUCCAUGCCUGCCCAGGUGCACCAGGGCCUGGGAGGCAGAAAUUGGGGGUGGGGAAAGGGUCACCACUUUUCAAGGUCCAUAAAGACUGAGCAGUGUUUCCUCAGCUCUCGAAUAGGAAAACCACCAUCUUUCUUUUAAGGCUGUUCCGGGGCCCAGUGGGAGGCAGGGGUGCUGCUUAGAUGUGAAUGAUGGAAUUUUAUGCACAAGAACUAUGGAUAUUUUUAAUAUAUUACGUUAGAGGCAA